AACAUCAAAAAAAAAAAAAAAAAGAAGAUGAACGUAAAGGUAAUGUAAUUACUUGCAAAGCCCUGUGCAUAUGUGUGCAGAGUUAUCCCUACCACGGCAGACGCUGGAAGACCUGGCUGCAUCCUGUCUCCACCUGCCCGUAUCUCCUGGGCUGGGCUCUGCCCUCCAGCCAACAUCUGAGAGGCGGGGGCACUCAGGCUCUUCCUCCCUGUCCAGCCCGUCUCCCAGAUUGACUGUUUCACUCCCCUCGGCCCUUGCCAACCCAAGAUGCUCUCUCCAGAGAAGUAGGGGAUGCUGACCAUGAAGUUCCGUCCCGGAUGGCCUCAGCUGAGGGCCACUGCCCCAUUGGGAGGCUGUCAGCCGGGGCAGGGGUUGGCCCAACACCUUCUCUGCACCAGGAUCACGACUCUGGGCAAGCGGUGUUUACUAAACCAGCGAAGGACCUAUUUAUAGCCUCAGCUGCUCUUCUUGCUGGGUCACGAGUGAGGGGCAGGGUGGCUGCUCAGAGCGAGGGAGGCAGUCGGCCGAGGGAACCGGGCUGUGCCCAGCUGCCACUGCCCAGACCCCUGGGCCCCUCCGCAUGGCAGAGGAGACCUUCCCCUUCACCUCCUCCGCGCUGCGCGCGCUCCGCCUGCAGCGGGAGUGGCUGGAGUGGGAGGACCGGCGGCGGGCUGCGGCCCAGCAGUGCCGAAGCCAAAGGUGCCCCCCCAGCACCCGGGCCCGACUCACCAGGCCACGCCGCUGCUGCCGAGACCCGGCCGUGCACAAUGCUCUGUUCUCCGGUGACCUGCCACAGGUCCAAGCCCUGUUCCAAGAUGAAGACGCUGCCAACAUGAUUGUGGAGACUGUGAGCAACCAGCUGGCCUGGUCAGCUGAACAGGGGUUCUGGGUGCUGACGCCUAAGACGAAGCAGACGGCACCCCUCACCAUCGCUGCUGCCCGAGGCUACACUGACUGUGCCCGCCACCUGAUCCGGCAGGGAGCUGAGCUGGACGCCCGGGUCGGAGGCCGGGCAGCCUUGCAUGAGGCCUGUGCCCGGGCCCAGUCUGACUGUGUGCAGCUGCUGCUGACCUUUGGUGCCAAGGCCAACGUGUUGUCCGAGGAGGGCACGACCCCCUUGCACCUCUGCACAGCCCCUGAGUCCUUGCAGUGCGCCAAGCUGCUGCUGGAAGCGGGCGCGACUGUGAACUUGGCGGCACAGGACAGCGAGAUGACACCACUGCACGUGGCGGCGGCUCGCGGCCUGGAGGAGCACGUGGCCCUCUACCUGGAGCACGGCGCCAACGUGCACCUGCGCACCAGCCAGGGCGAGACGGCCCUGAACGCGGCGUGCGCGGGGGCCGAGGGCCCAGGCAGCUGCCGACGUCACCAGGCGGCAGCGCGCCGGCUCCUGGCGGCCGGGGCAGAUGCCCGCGCUGCCGGGCGCAAGCGCCACACGCCGCUGCACAACGCCUGUGCCAAUGGCUGCGGGGGCCUGGCCGAGCUGCUGCUGCGCCACGGGGCCUGCGCUGGAGUGCCCAACGGGGCGGGCCACACGCCCAUGGACUGUGCGCUGCAGGCCGUCCAGGACGCCCCCAACUGGGAGCCCGAGGUCCUCUUCUCAGCGCUGCUUGACUACGGGGCCGAGCCUGUGCGCCCUGAGAUGCUGAAACACUGUGCCAACUUCCCUCGGGCCCUGGAAGUCCUGCUUAAUGCCUACCCUUAUGUCCCAUCCUGUGAUACCUGGGUGGAGGCAGUGCUCCCAGAGCUGUGGCAGGAGCACGAAGCCUUCUACACCUCGGCCCUGUGCAUGGUGAACCAGCCCAGGCGGUUGCAGCACCUGGCCCGGCUGGCUGUGCGGGCCCAGUUGGGUGGCCGCUGCCGCCAGGCCGUCGCCAGCCUCCCACUGCCCCCCGUCCUCAGGGACUACCUGAUGCUGCGUGCUGAGGGGCGUAUCCAGUGAGCCCCACACCAGCUCAUCCCUCCGGCGGCUUCCCGAGCUGCUUGCUGACCUCCAACCCCCCCCCCCCCGGGCUUCCGCUGUCCGAUGGGAAGGUCUGCACACUCCGCCUUCACCCACCUCCAUCUCCUUUGCUUACGUGGAUGCCCCCCCAUCCACCCGGCCCCCAGGCCGGGAGGGGGGGGGAUCCUUGUUGUUCCCCCCAUCCCCUGCCACCCAUGUACUUGUCUGGCCUCGUCAAGAGUCACAGACUCUGCCUGUACCUGCACUGCCUCUGCCCGAACUGCCUUUGUUGCUUGACGGGAAGACCUCGCUGCCUGGUCUUGAGACCCAUGCCCGGCAAGGAUCCCUUUGGGAAUCACAACUCUGACCAUGCCCUUCAGCGGCUCCUCACUACCUGCAGGCUAAAAUCCAAAUCCAGUAAGAUUGAUACAUCUUCCGCCGCUGCCUCCGCCAAGCUCUCUGGUCCUCUGACCCGCCCGCCCCCCUUCUCCCUCUGAGGUUCCUGUGACCCAGCCUUAGCAAACUUAGCAGCUGGUUGCCGGAUAAGAGCCACGCUGCUUCGCUUCCAGGCACCUGUAUGCGCUGUUCCCUCUGCCUGGUGUACCCUUCCCGCAUUUUUUUGGCCUGGUCGAAGCCGAGGACAAAAUAGCGCUAUCAGCCCGAUAGCACGAUCUCCUCAGAGCCCUCUUUGGAUUGCACUUUUAAAAAUAAGAGCCUGUGUCUGCAUCGGCUUGGCUGAGACCGGGACCGCAUUCCUGGAACAGGCAUUUCAGCAAAUGGUUGUUGAGGAAGGAAUAAAUGCGUGAUGCCUGGGACCCGUUUCCGGUCAUGCCCCCCGGUGCCCCCACCGGUGAUGCAUGGUGUCUUAAACAAUGGUCACUACACUUGUGGUCUCUAAGGGCCUGUGACAGGAGGACAAGCCACCAGCUGUCCCCCUUCUCACUUCCUCCUCCGGCCCCAGAGUCUAAAGUACCAUCAUUCAUCUUUAAGAGGAACCUUUUGAGCCAAAGCAGUUUUUAUGAAUGCAAAUAAAUGACUUGUGCCCAGAA